AUGAGUAACUGGUUGGGGUUUUCUCUGACUCCUCACCUGAGAAUCGAUGAAGGUUAUGUUGGUAGAGAAGACCAAGACCCUCCUUGUUUUUCCACUCAUCAUCAUCGUCAUCAUGAUGAGGACUCUUCUUUGUCUGUCAUGCCUUUGCGCUCUGAUGGGUCUCUUUGUGUUGUCGAUCCUUUCAGACGUUCUUCUCAUGGAGAUUGGAGGUAUGAGGAUGGAAUGGGAAGUUCAAGCGGUGCAAAUGAUCAGGAAGGUCCAAAGCUUGAAGAUUUCUUGGGAAGUUGUUACUCAAACUCUCCAUCUGAUCAUGAUGCUAACAAAGUUGUUUAUUGUGAAGACUUAAACUCUGGAAUCAAUGUUAACGUAGCUCCAAGUUUCAACUCUAAUGGAGAGAUGGAACCCAGUGAAAGUCUUACAAACCCAUCUGGGAUAAUCCAUUCUCACUCUCACUCUCAUCAUCAGCACCACUACAUUGGCACCCCACAAACCCUAAUUUCCAGUGAUUUAAACCCGACUCACCUCUCUAACCUCAGCAUGUACCAUGUCCCCUUUGAGAAUGCAACUUCCGUUUCUGGGUUCAAGUCUUUGCUAAGACAAACACCAUUUUCUGGUGAGAAAACUCCUACUGAUAAUCAAUCCAACAACUGUAGCUAUCAGUCCCUCUCUCUCACAAUGAACCCCACUAGCACAGAACAAAAUGGUGGAAUGGGUGCAAUUUCUGUGCCAUUACAAGGAGUUCCUGAUAAUCGCAAACGGGCUGUGGGGAAAACUCUUGCUAGAGAACCGGUUCCUCGCAAAUCUAUUGAUACUUUUGGGCAAAGAACUUCACAAUAUCGUGGUGUUACUAGGCAUAGGUGGACAGGAAGAUAUGAGGCCCAUUUGUGGGACAACAGUUGCAGAAAAGAAGGACAAACAAGAAAAGGAAGGCAAGUUUACCUUGGUGGAUAUGACAAGGAAGAGAAAGCAGCUAGGGCUUAUGAUUUGGCUGCCUUGAAAUAUUGGGGUCCAACAACUCAUAUAAAUUUUUCUUUGAGCACUUAUGGGAAGGAGCUUGAAGAAAUGAAGCACAUGACAAGACAAGAAUUUGUUGCCAAUUUAAGAAGGAAAAGUAGUGGGUUUUCAAGAGGAGCUUCUAUGUACAGAGGUGUGACAAGACACCAUCAGCAUGGAAGGUGGCAAGCAAGAAUUGGAAGGGUUGCAGGCAACAAAGACUUGUACCUUGGAACAUUUAGUACACAAGAGGAAGCUGCAGAAGCCUAUGAUAUUGCUGCAAUAAAAUUUAGGGGGACUAGUGCUGUGACCAAUUUUGAUAUAAGUAGGUAUGAUGUGAAGAGAAUUUGCUCAAGCUCUACACUGUUGGGCAGUGACCUUGCCAAAAGAUCACCUAAGGACUCUAAUCCAAUUACUCUUGAGGAGUAUAAUUCUUGUGCCUCUUCGACGUCGCCUCAACCACUUCUAGCCAUGGCAAGUGGCGAGGCAUCCGAUGAAUUGGCUGACAUGCUGUGGAGUACUAACUCAGAUGAUCAUCAACAACGCCAUCAAAGUACUAACACUAACACUGAUUCUUCGCUGGUUGCGGCAAGUAGCAGGACUUCAUCUGACCCUCAAAGCCCCAAAUGCUCAGUUGGAUUGGCUACUGAAUUCGGCAUUGGUGGAGACUACUCCCAAGGCUAUUUCUCAUUGCAGGGUCCAAAGUAUGAAGAUGGGGAUACUGGAAGUGAUCAUGCAAGUAACAGCAGGCUUGCAAAUUUGGGAUUGGUUCAUCAAGUCCCUAUGUUUGCUCUGUGGAAUGAGUAG